GUCUGGUUAACCAAUAACCACGCCAACCUCAGUCGGUCCGCUGCCGGCAUCCGAUGUAGUCGCGUGCGAGUAUUUAAUUAGUAAUCAUGAGCAGUGGAAGACGAAAACUCUCCUUUCUAGGCUUCGCGCCUCAGAGCCCUUCGGAGGACGAGUUGCGGUUGGACGAUGAGAUGGACCGCGUAGUGUGGAGCGAGAGUCAGCCACCGCGGUUCCAGGCGACGGGAGAAGCGGUACGCGACGUUGCCGCCCCACCGCCGUACACGCAAGACGUGAUCAGCAGUUCAGAGUUGUCUCCAAUGAGCGCCCAGCACCUCAGCGGAUCCGAAGCUCACAUGUCUGGAGCACUGUCAGGGUCGGGCUCGGUCAUCGACGACCGUCACAGGGACGACGACCGUCACGUCCAGUUCGACGGAGACCAAGAGGAGGCCGAACCCCUGGACGACGCUAGCGAGGAGCGACGGGCUCAGAGACACCACCGUCACUUACACCCGCACAAAUCGCGCAAAUUCUCUUUGCAAGAGGGGGGAAGGGGUGGUGUGCCCUUGCUGGGCUUUCCGACUGGAGAGCGGCGGGUGUCUAUCGUACCCACUGAGGAGACAUUGCCGGAGGCUGACCAAGAUGACUUGCGGAGCCAUCGCAGUGAUGACCCCAGGGGCAUGCGACGUCACAAAGUAUUACCCAGGCCUACGACAGUGCACCUCAGCAGAAGAGAUGGUGGCGACAAGGUCCAUGCGUUCCUGGCCGACUCUGCUUACAAGAAAAUGUACGACCACAGCCCGCACGCGGUGUUCGUACAACUCGAUGAGUUGUUGGCGACUGAGGAUGGUGACGCUGAGUGGAAGGAGACAGCUCGAUGGAUCAAGUACGAGGAGGACGUGGAGGAGGGUUCGGCCCGCUGGGGCAAGCCCCACGUAGCGUCGCUAUCAUUCCACUCUCUGCUGAACCUGCGGCGAUGUUUGGAGACGGGAGUGGUCCUCCUGGACCUGGAGGAGAAAGAUCUACCCGGAGUCGCUUACAGGGUGGUUGAGAGCAUGGUAACGGAAGGUCUGAUAGAAGAAGACGACAAGCCAGUGGUGAUGCGCUCUCUACUGCUACGUCACAAGCAUGUUCACGACGAAAGGUUCAGGUUCUCCAUAAGUGCUCGCAAGCAGUCCUCGUACACCAGCUUACAGUCGCUGUGGCUAGACGACGCGGCGCCCGGGCCGGGCGGGCAUCGCAUUCGGUGCUCGCUCUGCUCCGCCACCGGCUCCUGCAGACGGCACAGCGCCCACCUUCUCGUACGGAACACCCCUAACCUUGCUGAUCAAAAACGUCGUCAGAGCUCUCACGUUAUACCAGCUGACCGAACAGAUGCACGCAAGAAGUCGUCGGCCGCUGGCCUUGACGCCCGUGAAGUGGAGUACCUCGCCACAGGCACUGUUGGCUCACAAGAUGAACUGCGUCGCACACACAACGAUUCCAUCAUGAAAAGGAUACCAGAUGGCGCUGAAGCAACAACCGUACUCGUCGGCGCUGUAGGCUUCCUCGACCAGCCCACCAUAGCCUUCGUCCGACUCGCACAAGGGAUUCAAAUGCCCUCAAUCACAGAGGUCCCAAUUCCAGUUCGCUUUAUGUUCAUCCUCCUUGGGCCCACAACGGCUGAUCUCGAUUACCAUGAAGUGGGUCGUUCCAUUUCCACUCUCAUGUCCAACCCGUCGUUCCAUUCCAUCGCAUACAAGGCUGACGACCGGCGCGAGCUGCUGUCCGCCAUCAAUGAGUUCUUGGACGAUUCAAUAGUGCUUCCUCCGGGAGACUGGGAACGACAAGCCUUAUUGCCAUUUGAGGAAUUGCGCGCCAAGAGCGAGAUGAUUCGCCGCCGCAAACGGGAUGCUUUGGAGCGAAAACGCGCAGCGACUAAAGACGCGACACCUGUUAUGGAUGAGAAAAAGGCGCUUCUAGUCGCUGAAAUCGGUGGCCCACCGGAGAAAGAGCCAGACGAUCCGCUUUCAAAAACUGGCCGUCUAUUCGGAGGUGUAAUCAGAGACAUGAAGAGACGAUAUCCUCAUUAUCUUUCGGAUUUCCGGGAUGCUCUGAACGGCCAAUGUGCAGCGGCUACGAUUUUCAUGUAUUUCGCUGCUUUAUCAUCGGCUAUUACUUUUGGAGGAUUACUUGCUGAAAAGACUUACAGGACAAUUGGAAUUUCCGAGACAUUGGUAUUCACGAGCGUCGGUGGCGUGUUCUUCGCCCUUGUGGCGGGUCAGCCAAUGAUGAUAACUGGAGCCACCGGGCCUCUGCUCCUUCUCGACGAAUCGCUGGCUAGUUUCUGUCACUCGUACGGGUUCGACUUCUUAGCCGCAAGGAUGUACUGCGGCUUGUGGAUGAUCGUGAUUGCUCUGCUCGUUGCUUCUCUUGAGGGCAGCGUGGCGGUUAAGAAAAUUAGCCGGUUCACGGAGGACAUCUUCGCGUUCCUCAUAUCGUUGAUUUUCAUAUCUGAGCCGAUCACGAACCUGAUCAACUUGUACCGUAUGCAUCCGCUCGGCUACGACUAUUGCCACAAGAACAACAUUACCACCGCGCCGCCUCUUCUGAAUGGAACAUUAACGGGUAACAUGACCAGCAAUGUGACAGCGGUACCAGCUCCAGUGCCAACCGGUAUGCCGCCGCAACCGAACACCGCGCUAUUUUGCACCAUGCUAACACUUAGCACCUUCAUCAUUGCCUAUUACCUUCGUAUCUUCCGUAACGGAAAAUUCUUGGGCCGCAGCGCUCGUCGUGCUCUCGGCGACUUCGGCGUACCAAUUGCCAUUGUAUUCAUGGUGGGAGUGUCAGCCUUCGUGCCGGUUUGGACUGAGAAGCUGCAGGUCCCAGACGGCCUGAGCCCAACCGCAAAUCGCUCUUGGCUAGUUCCCCUCAACCCUGGACUGGAGACUAUACCGGUGUGGGCCGCUUUCGCUAUGGCCCUACCGGCCCUCAUGGUCUACAUCAUUGUCUUCAUGGAAACCCACAUUGCUGAGCUGAUCAUCGACAAGCCGGAGCGCCGGCUCAAGAAGGGCAGCGGGUUCCACAUGGACAUAGUGGUGAUGUCUCUGGUGAACGCCGUGUGCGGGAUGUUCGGCGCGCCGUGGCAGUGCGUCGCGACCGUGCGCUCCGUGAGCCACGUGUCCGCGCUCACCGUCAUGUCCACCACGCAUGCGCCCGGUGACAAGCCGCACAUUGUGGAGGUCAAGGAACAACGUCUGACCGGUCUUCUAGUCGCCAUUCUGGUGGGAGUGUCUGUGCUGGCCUCAAGCUGGCUCCGAAUGGUCCCAAUGGCCGUGCUCUUUGGGGUAUUCUUGUACAUGGGUAUAUCAGCUCUCGGCGGUAUACAGUUCUGGGACAGGUGCAUCCUGCUUCUAAAGCCGGUUAAACACCAUCCGCAAAUACCGUAUGUUAGACGGGUACCAACGCUGAAGAUGCACCUGUACACGAUCAUCCAAAUCGCCGGUAUUUGCAUUCUGUACGCCGUGAAGUCAUCUCGAUUCUCUCUCGCACUGCCAUUCUUCUUGGUGAUGAUGGUUCCAUUGAGGAUGUCUCUGGUUUAUGUGUUUACGCCGUUGCAGUUGCGAGCGUUGGACGGAGCACAAAAGGACAUCGAGCAAGAUGACGAGCCCGAUUUCUACGAGGAGGCUCCUCUGCCAGGAUAGUGGGUACUCCUCAGCAGUGAUUCCACUACAUCACUCCUGAAGUCUGAAACAGCAUAGGUGUUUUCCAU